GGCGGAGGCUUUAUAACCACUUCGUAGCUGCUGCUGGGUUUGUAAUCUGCGAGAGGGCGGCCGAGGCGCGGCGGCCGGGCGCCGGCUGGGGGCGCGGAGGCAGGACCUGUAGCGGCGCGGGACGCCGCUGGCCCCUCGGCCCCUGUGGGCCAUGGGCUCCGAGAAGGACUCCGAGUCGCCGCGCUCCACAUCCCUACACGCGGCCGCACCCGACACCAAGUGCCGCAGCGGCGGCCGGCGCCGGCGCCUCACCUUCCACAGCGUCUUCUCCGCCUCGGCCCGCGGCCGCCGCGCCCGGGCCAAGCCCCAGGCCGAGCCGCCGCCCCCGGCCGCGCCGCCACCGCCCGUACCGGCCCCCGCCGCACCCCAGGCCCCGCCGCCAGAAGCGCUGCCCACCGAGCCGGCCGCCGAGGCCGAGGCGGAGGCCGCGGCAGGCGCGGGGCCCGGGCUCGAAGAUGAGGCGGCGGCGGAGGGCGGCGGCCCGGGCGCGGAGGAGGUGGAGUGCCCGCUGUGCCUGGUGCGGCUGCCGCCCGAACGGGCCCCGCGCCUCCUCAGCUGCCCGCACCGCUCGUGCCGCGACUGCCUCCGCCACUACCUGCGCCUGGAGAUCAGCGAGAGCCGGGUGCCUAUCAGCUGCCCCGAGUGCAGCGAGCGACUCAACCCGCACGACAUCCGCCUGCUGCUCGCCGACCCGCCGCUCAUGCACAAGUACGAGGAGUUCAUGUUGCGCCGAUACCUGGCCUCGGACCCGGACUGCCGCUGGUGCCCGGCCCCGGACUGCGGUUAUGCUGUAAUUGCCUAUGGCUGUGCCAGCUGCCCAAAGCUAACCUGUGAAAGAGAAGGCUGCCAGACUGAGUUCUGCUACCACUGCAAGCAGAUAUGGCAUCCAAAUCAGACCUGCGAUAUGGCCCGUCAGCAGAGGGCACAGACACUGCGAGUUCGGACCAAACACACUUCAGGUCUCAGUUAUGGGCAAGAAUCUGGACCAGCAGAUGACAUCAAGCCAUGCCCACGCUGCAGUGCUUAUAUUAUCAAGAUGAACGAUGGAAGCUGUAAUCACAUGACCUGUGCGGUGUGUGGCUGUGAAUUCUGCUGGCUUUGUAUGAAAGAGAUUUCAGACUUGCAUUACCUCAGUCCCUCUGGCUGUACAUUCUGGGGCAAGAAGCCAUGGAGCCGGAAGAAGAAAAUUCUUUGGCAGCUGGGCACAUUGAUUGGGGCUCCUGUGGGGAUUUCUCUCAUUGCUGGUAUUGCCAUUCCUGCCAUGGUCAUUGGCAUUCCUGUUUACGUUGGAAGGAAGAUUCACAGCAGGUAUGAAGGGAGGAAAACCUCCAAACACAAAAGGAAUUUGGCCAUCACAGGAGGAGUGACUUUAUCGGUCAUCGCUUCCCCGGUGAUUGCGGCUGUCAGUGUUGGAAUUGGUGUCCCCAUUAUGCUGGCAUAUGUCUAUGGAGUUGUGCCCAUUUCUCUCUGUCGGGGAGGUGGCUGUGGAGUUAGCACAGCCAAUGGAAAGGGAGUGAAAAUUGAGUUUGAUGAAGAUGAUGGGCCAAUCACAGUGGCUGAUGCCUGGCGAGCCCUCAAAAAUCCCAGCAUUGGGGAAAGCAGCAUUGAAGGCCUGACUAGUGUGCUAAGCACCAGUGGAAGCCCUACAGAUGGACUCAGUGUAAUGCAAGGCCCUUACAGUGAAACAGCCAGCUUUGCAGCCCUCUCAGGGGGUACGCUGAGUGGUGGCAUUCUCUCCAGUGGCAAGGGAAAAUACAGCAGGUUAGAAGUCCAAGCCGAUGUCCAAAAGGAAAUAUUCCCCAAAGACACAGCCAGUCUUGGUGCAAUUAGUGACAACGCAAGCACAAGAGCUAUGGCCGGUUCCAUAAUCAGUUCCUACAACCCACAGGACAGAGAAUGCAAUAACAUGGAAAUCCAAGUGGACAUUGAAGCCAAACCAAGCCACUACCAGUUAGUGAGUGGAAGCAGUACGGAGGACUCACUCCAUGUCCAUGCUCAGAUGGUGGAAAAUGAAGAAGAAGGUAGUGGUGGAGGUAACAGUAGCAAUGAAGAGGAUCCUGCCUGCAGACACCAAAGCUGUGAACAGAAAGACUGCCCACCAAGCAAAGCUUGGGACAUCAGCCUGGCCCAGCCGGAGAGCAUCCGCAGUGACCUGGAGAGCUCUGACACGCAGUCAGACGAUGUGCCAGACAUCACCUCAGAUGAGUGCGGCUCCCCCCGCUCCCACACUGCAGUCUGCCCUUCCACUCCCAGAACCCAAGGUGCACCGAGCCCAAGUGCCCACAAGAGCCUCUCUGCCCCAGCCGAGGGACAGACUGUCUUGAAGUCAGAAGGUGCAGAAGCCAGAGUAUGAGGUGGAAUGAAUGCUCCUGUUGUGAGAAGCACAUUUGUAACUGCAUCUUUUGAAACCUUUUACUUUUUUUUUUUUUUUUUUUUUUUUUGGGAGGGGGGGUAUGUGUUUUAUUUCAGAGAUUCUCUGGUCACAUUUUCCCCAGGGAAAUUCUGAGACAGUUGCAAUUUCUUACCAGAUAAAAGAUAAAAAGAAAUUUUACCCUUAGUUCUCCCCAUACCUUUUUUAGUUUUAAUUUAUUGGUUAAACUGGUAUUGGCAUCUGUAAGGUGUGUCAAAGAGUGUACAUAUGUAUGUGUGUAUAUUGUAUGUAUGCUAACAUAUUAAUGAAGGACACAUUUUAAUAAAGAUAUCUCAUAAUUCAA